AUGGCCUCAGGAAAACAAGGCCAGCCUGAGGUGACGGGGAGCCAAAUAGAACUCGUGAAUUCACGAGGAAGCGAUCUGCGACAGAAGGAGUCGGAAUUUCAGGCUGACCAUGACGAAAAGCUAUCACAGGAAGAAGAGUAUUCUGAGCACGAACAACCUCCACAUGCCAAAGACACAAACGGGACAGACCAUACCAAUGAACUUCCAGACACACCUAAAAUGAUGGAGUUGGCCAAAACAUAUGAAUUCUGGCGCAACAUAGUCAAUAAGAACCCGCACAACUUCGAACCAUAUCUGCCAUUUCCCCAAGAAGAAAAAAACGGAGAGCAAGAUAUGGGAUUACUUCGUGGAUUGAGGCUUAGCAUGGGAAAGGGAGCUGACUCAUUGCUUAACGAGACAGAACUCAACUUCUUGAAGACGCGGAUCGGCGAGUUCAUUUCAUUUACUCGACUUGGGUCUUUAAAGGACGAAGAGCCUCAAGAGGGCUAUUCCAUGUAUGGAACGCAGGAUGAAGAAGGAUUGCAUGAAAUGGAGGAAGAUUUACACGACUACGAUAUCGAGGAAAUUGGUCUGGGCGAACGAUUUCUGUAUGGAUAUGGCCCAACACACCAUAUAGAAGUUGAGCUAAACGAGGGUCCUCCAGGUCCGCCAGAUCCAAAUUCGGACGAACCAUCUUGCGAGUUUACGUUUGAAUAUGAUCAUACUGGUAAGUUGGUACCGACAUACAGCAGUAUCGAGGAAAAGCUUCGACUUGUAAAUCUCCAUGGCCGGGACGGUGAUGCCCCCAAGAAGAAGAAUAAAAAGAAAAAGAAGAAACCGCGGUCCCUUUUGGAGGGAAAUCCGGAAAUCGAUGAGGCUAGUUGCAUGUUUUGUCAGUAUGAGGCGUUUUUUGGAGUGAAACCGGUCCACAUGAUGGCUUGGUACGACCGAAAAAUUGCCAAGGAGGAGAAAAGACGCCAGCAGAUUAAGGAGAAGCUUGAACGGGUCAAACAUAAUGCCCUUCACAGGCGUGAGAUGCGGGAGGAAAGCGAGGAUUUGUAG